CAUCGAUUAUAAAUUCCUAGUUCUCAGUAGUACCCACUGCGCAACGCAACGCAACGCAACUUCACUGAUCUUCACCAUGUUUAAAUUUUGACCGUUGGCUUCGCCAUGUCUUCCCGGCAAAUUCCCAAACCAGACCAACAAAUUGGAGAGUCUCAAAUGUCCAGAAUUCACCUGCUUGUUCUUACGUUUCGAGUGCAUUUCUUCGUCUUCCUCAGCUUCUCAGUGACCACCAGUGCGGCUUCUCGGGCCGCAGGCUCCGAACAGAACAUCCUACUCGACGUUAAACAUCAACUAGGCGAUCCGCCGUCGCUUCGAUCGUGGACCUCAUCAUCGUCACCGUGCGAUUGGCAAGAGAUACGUUGCACCGAUGGCGUCGUCACCCAGGUCCUUCUGUCAGGAAAAGGUGUCUCCCGGAAGCUACCACCAACGAUCUGCGACCUCAAGAAUCUGACGAUUCUCGACCUCUCAAACAACAACAUCCCCGGAGAAUUCCCAAGAUUUUUGUACAAUUGCUCCAGCCUCCAAUUCCUCGGCCUGUCUCUAAAUUACUUCGCUGGUCCAAUCCCCGACGACAUUGACAGACUAAAAACUCUGACAUUCCUAGACCUCAGUGGCAACUAUUUCUUUGGCGACAUCCCCGCAGCGAUCGGGAAAUUAUCGGAGUUACAAACGUUGUACCUCCACAACAAUGAGUUCAAUGGAACUUUUCCCAAGGAAAUUGGGAGCUUAUCUAAUCUCGAAAUCCUCCGUCUGGCCUAUAAUGACAAGUUUGUGCCCAUGGCCAUUCCAUCAGAGUUUGGGAACUUGAGGAAUUUGAGGUUCAUCUGGAUGACAGCUUGCAAUUUAAUCGGAGAAAUCCCUGAAAGUUUUGCCAACCUAACGAAUCUCGUGCAGCUGGAUUUGUCAGCGAACAAUUUGACAGGUAGCAUUCCCAGCAGAAUGUUCUCUCUCAAGAAUUUACAAUUUCUGUAUCUUUACUACAACAGAUUGUCUGGUGAAAUUCCUAGUUCGAUCCAGGCCUUGAAUUUGAUGGACAUUGAUUUGGCAAUGAACAAUUUCACGGGUCCGAUUCCUGAAGAUUUUGGAAAGUUGGAGAACCUGACGGUACUUAAUCUGUAUUUCAAUCAAUUAUCUGGUCAGAUUCCGAGAAGUUUAGGCCUAAUCAAAACGCUGAAGCACUUCAAGGUUUUUCGCAAUAAGUUAAAUGGAACUCUUCCUCCAGAAUUAGGCCUAUAUUCGAAGCUUGAAGGGUUUGAAGUUGCAGACAAUCAACUGAGUGGUGCAUUGCCUCAAUACUUGUGUGCCAAUAAUGCUUUGCAAGGCGUGAUUGCUUUUUCUAACAAUCUUGGUGGAAAAUUGCCCGAAUCGCUUGGAAAUUGCACUACUCUGCGCACAGUUCGGCUUUCCAGGAACAAUUUUACUGGUGAGAUUCCUGCAAGUCUUUGGACUUCCAAUAAUUUAUCAACCUUGAUGUUGAGUGAGAACUCAUUUACUGGUCAAUUUCCAAGUAAACUUCCAUGGAAUAUGUCGAGGCUAGAGAUUAGAAAUAACUACUUUUCAGGAGAGAUACCGGCUGGAAUUGUUUCCGCAGUAAAUCUAGUAGUAUUUGAUGCGAGAAACAAUAUGCUUUCCGGUGAAAUUCCAAAGGAGUUGACGGCUCUUUCCCGACUUAAUUCUCUCAGGCUUGACAAUAAUCAACUUUCCGGCAAGCUUCCAUCCGAGAUACUCUCCUGGCAAUCCCUGAAUACUUUAACACUCUCAAGCAACAAACUCUCCGGGCAAAUUCCGAGAACUGUUGGCGAUCUCCCUAAUCUCGUUUAUUUGGACUUAUCUAAAAAUGAUAUAUCUGGUGAAAUCCCAUCUCAGCUUGGCAACAUGAGGCUCAUAUUUCUCAACUUGUCUUCCAACAACCUUUCCGGCAGCAUCCCAGAUGCUUUCAAUAACCUCGCAUAUAACACCAGUUUCUCGAACAACCCUAACCUAUGUGCUUAUAAUCCAACUGUUGAGCUUCCAAGAUGCUUGACCAAAACUCCUCGGUAUCCAAACAAAUCGUCCUUCAAGUUGCUUGCCUUGAUUCUUGUUCUCACCAUCAUUGUGUUGCUAACCACUACCUCACUGGCCAUCUACAAAUUCAAAGACAUAUCGGGAAAGAAUUCCGAGCCCAAACUUUCAACGUGGAAGAUUACUUCGUUCCAGAAGCUAGAUUUCUCAGAAUGGAAUCUCUUCUCAAACUUGACAGAUGAUAACCUCAUUGGAAGUGGGGGCUUUGGAAAGGUUUACCGGGUUCCUUCUAAUCAUCCGGGUGAAUAUGUUGCCGUAAAAAAGAUUUGGAAUAGCAAAAAGUUGGACGACAAUCUAGAGAAAGAUUUCAUGUCUGAGGUUGAAAUCCUAGGCACGAUUCGGCAUUCCAAUAUUGUGAAGCUUCUAUGCUGCAUUUCAAGUGAAAACUCAAAACUCCUUGUGUAUGAGUACAAGGAAAAUGGGAGCCUGGAUAGAUGGCUUCAUGGAAAGAAAAAAGCAUCGACUCCUUUACCCAACAAUCAUCUGAUCUUGAAGUGGCCAACGAGGUUGAACAUUGCCAUAGGGGCCGCCCAGGGGCUGUGUUACAUGCACCACGAUUGCUCACCACCAAUCAUCCAUAGAGAUGUGAAGUGUAGCAAUAUAUUGCUGGACUUCGAAUUCCGGGUGAGUAUUGCAGACUUUGGGCUAGCCAGGAUGUUGGCGAAAUCUGGGGAGCCACAUAGCUUGUCUGCCAUAGCGGGGUCUUUCGGCUACAUUCCCCCAGAAUACGCCUAUUCAACCAAGAUCAACGAGAAAGUUGAUGUGUACAGUUUCGGGGUCGUACUACUAGAGCUCGUAACCGGAAAAGAACCAUAUGGCGUAGAGGAGCAUACAAGCCUAGUAGAUUGGGCAUGGCAGUAUCACAGUGAAGGGAAGUGCCUUGCUGAUGCCUUGGAUGAAGAAAUCAAAGAAGCGUGUCAUGCGGAAGAGAUGAUAAAGGUCUUUAAAUUAGGCCUUGCUUGCACAAGCAUAUCACCCUCAGCUAGACCUUCCAUGAGAGAGAUUUUGCAGGUUCUUGAGCGGUGCCGUCCACCAGGUCAAGACGGCAAGAAGAUCGGAACAGAGGUUGAUAUUGCUCCCCUUCUUGGCGAUUCCAUGUACAUUUCAAAUUACAAGGAUUGUAGCACAGCCUUCGGUGAAAGUGAUGGAAGCUAAAAUAAUGCUUUUUAUUAAUAAUAAUACUUUUUUUAAUACUA